AUGGACUUUGUGAUCCCACUACUGAGAUCUCGUCGAGGGAACACUGCCUUAUUGUUGUGGCAGUCCUCGUUUACCGGGUUUGUGAUCGCUAAAGCGAUGUCGGACACCGAUGCCCUUACUGUAGCCAAGGUGUUUGAGGAAUGCAUCUACAUACGAUUUGGUGCUCCGUCUCUUAUUCGCCAUGACCGAGACCCACGCUUCAUGAGCGAGGUCUUCCAGGGUUUCUCUGAAUUAAUACAAGCGCGGUCGAGGUCGACACUGAGCUAUCGCCCACAAGAAAAUGAACAGCUAGAGCGGUCGGUCAAGACCGUGAUACAGUCUGUCUAUUGGGAUGAGAUCGCCGAGCGACUAGUCUUUGCGAUCAACAACCCUCAUGAUAUGACCAGGAAAGAGACACAAUUUUAUUUGGUGCAUGGAUGGGAUGCCCAUACGACACUACGAGCAAUGACGACUUCUCUAAAGCGAGGUGUUGGUAAGCAGACUGAGGCACUAGCCUGGCGCCGAGAAAUCAACCGCCAGCAGCAGAUUCCUCUCGAGAUGGCAAAGGAAUACCAAGCUGCAGGGAAGGCCCGACGCGCUAUAUUCCACAACGAGUAG